AUGUUCAAAUCUGCCAUCCUACUCAGACCUGCUGCUGCAUUCAGCCCCACAAAGACCUUUUUCUACACUGGUUAUAAUGUCACCACUUUGGAUCAGGCACGAGAGGUCUUCAAUAAGCUUGGUCAAUAUGGUGAAAUGAUUGAAUACAAAUUCCAAAGAUGCCCUGAAACUCAAACCUAUUUGAGAUACGGCUACGUUACCUAUAAACACGAAGAGGACGCUCAAAAGGCUCUGGUUGACGCAUUUGUUAAAGUUGACAGCCCUCUGUUUAAAAAGGCCCUGGAAGUCAAGAUUGUCAAAGGAAAUAAAAAGAGCUCAGAAUAA